AUGCAUCAAUGCCUUGCUGAGUUACUGUCUGUUUUCGGCAUCGAAGCGCCACAUCAGUCGACAAUUUCUCGCUGGUAUGGAGAACUCAAACGUGGACGGGUGAGUCUUAGCGACGAUCCCAGGGUGGGUGCACCAAAAACGGCAGUCACCCAGGAAAACGUCGAUGCUUUAGUUUCUCGUUGGAUACCCCACCUGUUGACUGAAGAGCAGAAAACAGCCAGGGUUAAUUGGUGUCAAAAGACGCUUGACCGUUUCAAUUUCGGAAACUCAAAAAAUGUGUACAGCAUUGUUAGUGGAUUUACUUCGGCGGUUUGGGUGUUUCAAGGUGAAGAAAGUCCAACAAAAGUCAUCCGUUCUCGAAGUGUUUCGAACAAGUCGGUCGCGACAUUUGUGUCAAAAGCUGGUCAUAUUGCAACAAUUCCUCUUAAUGAGCAAAGAACUGUUACUGCGGAUUGGUAUACCACCAUUUGUUUGUCAAAAGUCAUCACCGAGCUACGAAAAAUCAACCCCGAAAGAAGAAUCAUCCUCCACCAAGACAAUGCAAGCUCGCACACAGCCCAAAAGACAAGGCAGUAUUUAACGGAAGAAAACGUGGAAUUAUUGGACCAUCCUUCAUAUAGUCUCGAUCUAAGUCCUAAUGAUUUCUUUACUUUCCCGAAAAUUAAAAGCAGACUGCGUGGUCAAAGGUUCCAGUCACCAGAAGAAGCAGUUGACGCAUUCAAAAAUGCCGUUUUGGAUCUGCCAGCAAACGAGUGGAAUAAGUGCUUCGAAAAUUGGUUCGAGCGCCUGCAGAUGUGUAUUAAUCUUCGUGGAGAAUAA